AUGGCAUGUCUUAUGGCAGCAUUUUCUGUGAAUAACGACACUGUCACUAACUCCAUCCUAAUGAACACCAAUGGGCCUCCCGAUCUGAUGCUGGACCCCAGGACUGUAUGUGUAUCUCUUGAUGAAGUGGUAUCCAAUCAUGUGAGCAGUCAACAUACUCCAUUAUUAAAUGGGCACCUCAAGAAGGUGGAGAACAGUCUAACUGAAGCCCAACGUUUUUCCUACCUGCCACGUCGACCAGCAGUAAACAUUGAAUUCAAAGAUGUCAGCUACUCAGUUCCAGAGGGACCAUGGUGGAGAAAGAAAGGUUACAAGACCCUGCUGAAGGGGAUCUCUGGGAAAUUCACCAGCGGCGGCCUGGUGGCCAUCAUGGGUCCCUCAGGAGCUGGGAAAUCCACCCUGAUGAAUAUUCUGUCCGGCUACAGAGAGACAGGGAUGAAGGGGGAGAUCUUGAUCAAUGGGCAGCCUCGUGACCUGCGCUCUUUCAGGAAGGUCUCGUGCUACAUCAUGCAGGACGACAUGCUUCUGCCUCACCUCACAGUACAGGAAGCCAUGAUGGUGUCUGCUAAUCUGAAGCUCCAGGAAAAGGAUGAGGGCAAGAGAGACAUGGUGAGGGAGAUCCUGACGGCCCUGGGCCUGCUUGAGUGUGCGAAAACCCGAACGUCACAUCUAUCAGGGGGGCAGAGGAAAAGGCUGGCCAUCGCCCUGGAGCUUGUCAACAACCCCCCCGUCAUGUUUUUUGACGAACCCACCAGUGGCCUGGACAGUUCCUCCUGCUUCCAGGUGUUGUCUCUGCUGAAGGCCCUGGCCCAUGGUGGCCGCACCGUCAUCUGCACCAUCCACCAGCCCAGCGCCAAGCUCUUUGAGCUCUUCAACAAGCUGUAUGUCCUUAGUCAGGGCCAGUGUAUCUACAGAGGGAAUGUACCUAACCUGGUCCCCUAUCUUAGAGAGCUGGGGCUCAACUGCCCAACGUACCACAACCCUGCAGACUUUGUGAUGGAGGUGGCGUCUGGGGAGUACGGAGAUCAGACGGCUCGUCUGGUGAAGGCCAUGCAGGAGAGGAAAUGUGAGCAGGUCUACAAGACAGACAUGAACAAUGGACCCCUCAACCCCUUCUUGUGGCACAAAUCUUCUGAGGAGGACUCCUCUUCCAGUGAGGGCUGCCACAGUUUCUCGGCCAGUUGUCUGACUCAGUUCUGCAUCCUGUUCAAAAGGACGUUUCAAAGCAUUAUUAGAGAUACGGUGCUGACUCACCUAAGAAUCUCCUCUCACAUUGGAAUUGGGAUUCUGAUUGGCCUGCUCUACCUGGGCAUCGGCAACGACGCCAAGAAAGUGCUCAGCAACUCUGGCUUCCUCUUCUUCUCCAUGCUCUUCCUCAUGUUUGCUGCUCUAAUGCCUACUGUUCUGACCUUCCCUUUGGAGAUGGGAGUGUUCCUAAGAGAGCACUUGAACUACUGGUACAGUCUGAAGGCUUACUAUCUGGCCAAGACUAUGGCGGACCUCCCCUUCCAGAUAGUGUUCCCAGUCGCCUACUGCAGCAUCGUCUACUGGAUGACGUCCCAGCCGCCUGACGCUGUGCGUUUCAUACUUUUCUUGGCCCUGGGAGUCCUCACCUCUCUUGUGGCUCAGUCUCUGGGCCUGCUGAUAGGAGCGGCAUCCACCUCGCUGCAGGUUGCCACGUUUGUAGGUCCGGUGACUGCCAUACCCGUACUGCUUUUCUCUGGCUUCUUCGUCAGUUUCGACACAAUUCCGUGGUAUCUUCAGUGGAUGUCAUACAUUUCAUAUGUCAGGUAUGGCUUUGAAGGUGUCAUCCUCUCCAUCUAUGGCCUGGACAGGGAGGACCUCCACUGCGACAAGGGUGAAACAUGCCACUUCCAGAAGUCGGAGGCCAUCUUGAAAGAGCUUGACGUGGAAGAUGCCAAACUGUACCUUGACUUCAUAGUGCUCGGCAUGUUCUUUGUGAGCCUCCGCCUCCUCGCAUACUUUGUGCUGCGCUAUAAGAUCAGUGCAGAGAGGUAG